AUGACGUCACUAAGUUCAUGGAUGAUGUCCUACACUCGACAGUCAUUUAAGUCAAGCAACAGUCAUGACAUGCUAAUGAAGCUUUAUAUAAAUUACGACAAUGCUGAAGACACAAAAGUCCUCAACAAUGAAAAAGAAACUGAAAUGAAAGGAAGAAUUAAACAACUUAUAGAGGAUUUCAUCCCUUGCUGUGGAAAAAAUGUAACAGAAGUCAAGAAAGAACGAAAACGAGAAAAUGCAUAUAAUGAAAAUCCCCACGAGUUAGCAAGAAAACAAUUCAUUCAAAUUAAACAUUUGCCAAAACUGUACAUAAGACGAUUUGGCUUAGAGGCACAGGAGUUGGAAAAUGAAACAGACGAUGCCGGUUCGAGACUAACUUAUAAACGAAAUAAAAUUAAUUUCGAAGCUUCAGAGAACUUUCAUAUAUAUUCACUGCCACAAAAAACUGCUAUGCGGAAUUAUUUUUUCCUGUUGCAAGUCGAGGAAAUGGGAAAAAUGAAAACGGAAAAUUAA